AACAAAAUGAACAUCAGAUAACCACUAUAAUCUUUUAAUUCAAUCGAAAGAAACCCUGAGAAAGGAUGUAAAUCUAUAUCAGAAAUUGAGACAUUCCUUAAAGAAAUAGAUAGAUUGUAAGGAGAGAAUCAAAAGUUGAAAGAUCGUCUUAAAUAAUAGCCAUCAAUAACAAUGACUAUGGAAAACUAGAAAGUUCUUGCUGAGAACUAAGACCUAAAAGUAAUUUAUCAACAAUUAAUUGUUAGAAUCAAUUAGAGUUACUGUAACAUAAAAAUGAGGUAUAAGAGAAGACUCAUUUAGAUGCCAUAAGACAAUUAGAUAUAAAUUGGAAAUAAGAUGUAGCUACUUUAAAAUUUUAAUUGGAACAAUAGGAGAUCAAUCAUAGAUAAAGUUUAAGAUAGGAAACUAUGUAAUACAAAUCAGAAAUAGCAAAGUUGUAAUAAAAUCUAUCUAAGAUAUCAAGUGUUGAAAAUAACAAUUAGAAUUUAGUCUAAGUAUUGGUAACAAUUAUGAUUUAUAAAUUAGGAAAAUGAAUUGAUUCAAGUUAAGUAAAUUAAUAAUAAUUUAGAAGAGAAGUUAGAAUAAGCAAUUUCUUAAUUUGAUCUCUAAUCAAAAGACUAAGAAUUUACUCUGAUGAAAUAAUAAACAAUAAUAAAUUCUUAGGAAUAAUAUCUGAAUGAAUUAAAAUCAAAGCUUUAACUCUAAAAAGAUUAAAAUCUUGAUUUACUAUAAUCAGUAAAGAAAUUGAAAGAUGUAGCUGAUAAUAAGACUACUUAGGCUUCUAGUCUUAAUAGUAGAGUAAAAGAAUUAGAGAGUGAUUUUAGACAUGUCAGUAAUACUUAUUAGGAACAUAAAGUUUAAUUGUAAUAAAGAGUAGAUGAAUUAAUUUAAUAAACUGGAAAAUAAGCUGAAUAAAUAUGUUUACUUCAAACUUAAUUAUAAAGAGACUAAGAAUUAAUUAAGAGAUUGUAAGUGAAUAUAGAAAAUGAACAAAAGAAUAAAGAUAUGGAAGUGAGAGAGAUUUAAGAAUCAAAGGCUAAAUUAAUUCAAUUUUUAUAAUAAGAAUUGCUUUAAUAGAAGGAGUAGAAUCAUCAAUUGAGAAGUGACAAUCAGUCUUUAGAUAAACAAUUAAAUGAAUUGAAAUAAUUCUAUCAAUAUAAUUUCCGAGAAUUGGAAUGUAAAACUAAUAUGUUAGAAGGAGAAUGUAAUAGAUUGAAUAACAUUAUUGCUGAUAAAGAUGAAGAAAUUGUAGCUAUUGAAAUGUAGAUGAAAAAUACUUUUAAUUCUUAAGAAAGAGAAGACGAAAAGAUUCAUGAAGUCAUUUAAAUUAAAGAAUAGGAAAUUAAUUUAUUAAAGUAAUAAAAUGAAAGUUUGAUUAAUGAUUUAUCAAGAUAAGCUGAUAAUUACAGACAUCUAGCUCUAUAACACAAAUAAUAUUAGAAGUUUGCUGAGGAAGUCAAAUUAAACAAUAUAACUAUUAAUGAAUUACAAAGUAAAUGCGAAUUAUAAGAUAAGGAAAUUGAAAGAUUAAGAAUGAAAAUUCUAGAAAAGUCAUAAUAACUUGAAAAAGUUCAAAAAGAUAAUCUAGAUUAUUAAGCAAAACUCAAAUCCAGAUUGAAAUGA